AUGAGUUUCCGGGAUGUGAGUAUGGCUGGCGCUGCCUCACCGACCGUACUGGGAGGAAACUUCCGGGGAGGCGCCAGCGCCACCGGUGGCAGCAGCUUCGGCGACCCGUGCCUCCCGUUCCGGCUGUCGCCGCAGCCUUCGUACCAUUACCUCUACACGGCGCCACCAUCCACACUGCACCCGAUGAGCUACCCGGCGACGUACCCGGGCCCACCGCGCCAGCCUUCGGUCGGCGACUACGUCAUCGGACACGCAGUCUCCGCCGGCGGCAGCGACGCCCUGAUGCAGUCGACACACCGCGGCAGCUUCUCUUGCUUCGGAGCUCCACUCACCGCUCCGCCGGCUGCGGCGGCGGCGGCGGCGGUGGCUGCUGGUGCUACGAACGUGCAGGCGGCCGACAAAGUUAACUGCAACUGCAGCUUCGGCUGCGGCGGCCACAACAGAAAUAAUAACGUGAAUGCCUUCACUUGA